AUGACUCCUAUUCUACGGCUGUUCAUUUUGGCUGUCGCCUACUUGCAGUUAGGAAAGGCCAAAUCUAACGACAAACAACCCAACUGCCAAGAAUUCUCUAAGAACGUCACGUUCAAAGACGACCAAGCUAUCGGCAUCUGGCAUUUGUUGCAUUUCAAAACUGAGAAGUCUAACGGUUCAGGCGAGUCCCAUUGUGUCGAAUUUACAAAAGUUGGUGAAGAGGAGAGAAAAAACUUAGAAGAGCGUAUUGGCAAGUAUAUCGAGAACCUGAAAUGGGAGAACCUCGAAUUGAAAAUGCAGGUACCUUGUUCAACCGUGAAAUCCAAUAGAACACGAGACUACUAUCUGGAAAAACUGGAAGUCGACGGUUCUUACAGAACCCUUCAGAUGCCUGCCCCCACAGCGAAAUUGGAUUUAGCCGGAUUCCAUCGCUACCCCAUGCGCUUGAAACUUGUCGAAGGCCAAUACUUGGCAAUGAUGGAUUGCCAUGAAAAGUUCGUCUUCCUGUUGGGUAAGCAGCCUCCGAAUGGAACAGAUCUUGACGAACGUAUCAAGAAGAUGAUAGAUGCUUACUGGCCAGAAGAACUAAAU